GGGUUGAUAGAGCAGAAGUCAAAAUCUACCUGAAGAACGUGGAAGGAAUUAGUCACCCAUGCCUCCAAUUCAGAGGGAUGACCAGUUGGCUAUAGAGUAACAAAUGAAAGGUAACCUGACUCUAUUAACCUGCUUGCCUCUGCCUGGGAAUGAUGGAAAGGAGCAACCUUUUGCUUUGAAAGAGUGAAAGAGUCUAGGAAAAUGGCAUGUAACCUACCUAACCAAAGACAGCGGACUAUGUCAACAGCUGGAGAAACUCUAUAUGAAAUUCUUGGUCUGCAUAAGGGAGCAUCAAAUGAAGAGAUUAAGAAAACCUACAGAAAAUUGGCCCUGAAACACCAUCCAGACAAGAAUCCAGGUGAUCCAGCUGCUGCUGAAAAGUUUAAAGAAAUCAACAAUGCCCAUAGCAUACUAACUGAUACAUCAAAGAGAAACAUAUAUGAUAAGUACGGAUCACUGGGGCUCUAUGUGGCUGAGCAAUUUGGAGAGGAAAAUGUCAAUACCUACUUCAUGCUGUCAAGUUGGUGGGCAAAGACCCUAUUCAUCAUCAUUGGCCUCUUGACUGGCUGCUAUUUCUGUUGCUGUCUUUGCUGCUGCUGCAACUGUUGUUGUGGCCACUGCAAACCCAAAUCAUCAAUGCCAGAAGAGGAUAUCUGUUUAUCACCAGAAGACCUUGAGGAACAGAUCAGGACUGACAUGGAAAAAGAUGAGAGCAGAGAUGUGGACUUUCCAAUUGUCCUCCAGCCUACAAACGCAAAUGAGAAGACACAACUAAUUGGAGAAGGACCUCGAAACUACUGCACAGACUCCUGAUGUCAAGCCGCUGAGGGUCCAAAGUGCUUGCUCUCCAUUCAGCCAAGUCUCUAGGUGGUUGUGGGAGGACAGGAACAUAAAAUGCUGGGAGCUUUUAAAAAUUUGUAUUUUGCUUUCAGGUUAGGGGAAGAUGGUUGUUAUAUAACUUUCUCAGAAUGCAGACUUUCUCUUUGAGCAAAACUUUCUAAUGAAGCACAUUCAAUUUUGCUG